AUGGGGAUGGCAAGUUCACGCGUGCUGACGUCGAAGUCUCCGUCGUGGUAUGGUUUGCAGUGCGGUAUGAACUACUCGAAGCGAGAUUUGAUGGUGUGGCCGCAACUGGAGCCUCUGGCUCACUGGUUCACGGCUCAAGAUACUCGACGACUGUAUCUUCGUCUUCACAGCAAAGCAGGAACGACGGGUUUGUUGACGUUGAGUGAGUUUCUGCAGUGGCUUGACUUCGAAGAUAACCACUCCGGUGGUUUGGAUCGACGUUCCAAGGGAUCGCGACCAGAAAUCUCGGAUGUCAUGACACCUCCACUGCGUGGAAACCAGCUACGUCUUGGCUGUGAAGAUACUGCUAAAGACCCACCGUCGAUCUUAGAGAAACAUCUACAGCAUGCCUUUCUUACAUUUACUGACGGACGUGGUGGUCGCCUGUACGCUCUGGAGUUCCUAGCUGCCAUGGUCGUUAUCUCUCGAGCGAUCUGGGACUAUAACGAAAAGAUGACGUUGCUGCUAGAGUUAUUCCAUGACCCCGCGACUUCCACCAAUAAAGCAACAGCUUAUACAAGUGCUCAACGUCUAAAGGAGACGGACGUAGCUCGUCUCUUUCUUUGCGUCAUGAAUGGCGUAGGUCGAGCCACUCAAGGAGUCGCUACAGUCUGGCAGACUCACCAACUCCGCGUGGCUACUUUUGCUCGACAAAGCGCUUUCCACUGUAUGCAGAGCAUCAUGAGCACACGUACGUGUACGAACAAUGAUCCAUCAACCAGCAGGAGCGUAUCGACUGAGGAAUUCCGAGUGUAUGUGACCCGAACGCCGGCUCUGCAUCAAUUCCUGUCACUUUUCUCGGGCGAGGAACUUCGAAACCCGCUCACGUUCGAGCGUAGUGCUGCUCAUUGUUCACGACAAACGGAGCUGUACGAAUCACUGCUGCGUCGAUACGUGACGUUCGAGGGCCGUGAAGAACGCCGUCGCAAUAGUGCAGCACUGCUAAUACAGUCCACAUGGCGACGUCGCUGUUCGCUGUUCGAUGCCCACCGUCGAGCCGAAGAUCGAAUCGCGCAGCGGCACAAAUCGGCGGUUCAACUGCAAGGUUUCUUCAAGCAUCGACGCGUUGCUCGAGAGCUUGAGGCACGUGCUGAGAUCGAGAGAUCGGCACUAAACGGAGGUGUAUUCGCUGCUGGUUCAGGUCCCAGUAUCGGGAUCGCGGCGGACGCUAAGAAAGACAAUUCAGGUGCCCCCGUUCGACUCAUUGAAGCUUUCGUGAACCUCAAUGCAAAGCUGAGGACGUUGACUGCGUCCUCUACGUUUGCGUUAGGCAUACAAGACGACGGUCACUCAAUAUUCGCUUGGGGACGCUGUUUACCACGGAUUUAUAACGAUAGUGAGAGUAAAGUCUGCCUAACGCAAGCUACGCCACGUCGGCUACAUGUUCGCUUACCAGUACCGAUAGUUGAGGUGGCUUGCGGCUUACGACACGCCCUUGUGCUUACUCAAGACGGUAUGGUGUACUCGUGGGGGUUCAACGACCACGGACAAUUGGGACACGGAUCAGCAGAAACUCUGACUGCUCGCACCUCCGGUCGAGUGCGUUAUGCGUCAUACUACGAUGAACGCUCAGGCGAAGAGGAAGACUAUUUGGCUUCCCCAACUAAACUUCUCUACUUUGAAGGCUGUGCCGCUCAGCAGGCAGAUCCGAUCCCAGUAGCUCAUGUGUGUUGUGGAGAUUACUAUUGCAUGGCGUUGAGUCGAGCAGGAGACGUCUUCACAUGGGGUGAAGCAUCCGAAGGCCAACUCGGCCAUGGCGAGACACACGAGUAUUAUCAAGUUGCUCUAGCGGACCGUCACAUGGUCAGCUCAGCGUACACGUACUUGGCACAGCCCGAACCAGUGUUGGCACUUUGCGACGUAUGCAUCGCCCAAAUUGCAUGUCGAGGGAACCAUUCCGUCGCAUUGAGUACUGCACAAACGGGGUAUAAGCUUUAUGAAUGGGGAAACUGGGGUAGACGACGAGGUGUGGACAGCGAACACGCUUUCGUGCCGGAAGAAACAGUCGGAGUCUCUGCCUUGAGACUGCGCCAAGUCGCUGUUGGAGACCACCACAUGCUGGCUGAAGGUGCGAGUGUCUGGCUAAAACUUGCAUUGCGCACGAAUGGACCGAUCCAGAACGGAGAGGAAGAAACAGGUUUCUUUGUAGAGCCAUUGGCAGGAGCGUCAAGUUCUCUGGAGGCUAUUGAGAGAGACUUUAUGGGGAAGGAGUCGACCUCUUGGGUCUGCUGUAUAGUUGACUUGGAUGCAGACGACGUUGAUGAAGACGAUAGUGAUAACACUACAGGUACCGAUGCAAUCACAGAGGAGAUCGACAAGGGUGCGCUCUGGCAUAAGCGAGCAGAGAGAUUUGCGUUGAAUCUAGAUGGACUAGCAGACUUUGAUCCACACUCACUACGUCUUGUUAGUGCGCCUGGUAGUGCAAAUAACUCUGCUAGUACGUACGCGCAAGGAGUCGAUCAAUGGCUACGUGGUCGGGUGGCAAACAGACUGGUGGUCAUGCCUCGGGGUAAACCCGCCGGGUUUUACAUGCAGUUCCGUCUUCCCAACAGCACCGGACAGGAGUCAAACUACGGAGACUCUAGGAAUGAGGGAGAAGAUGACGAUCCCAAUACCAACUUCGAAGCCUCUGGGGUGGUGCUGGAGCUGGCCGUGUGUGGGUCCAACACGGCUAAACGUGUCGCUGGACGGCGCGGAUUUACCACGCAUGUGUUUCAUCCGGCCAUGGAAGCGGCUGCUAAACGCCUCAAGCAACAGCAACUGCGUGCGCGAUCUGUGACCAAGAAGAAGCCGACGGUCGCAUCCACCGAGAUGAACAGCAUCUUCGUGCUAGAGAUCGACCAGAGUGUGCUAACACCGUUGGCUUCAGCCGUCGCCGAGGGAAUCGGAACGGAGAGUGAGGCAGAACUGGAAGCGGAGACCAUCAUUAGUGACAUUGGCCACCGUGUACUGGAGCUUCAAGAAGCCGGCGCGCUUGCUGUGCUUGUGGUGCUUGAUCUGUUUGAUGCUGAUGCGUUCUCAUUGCGCUUUUCGGACGACUCUGGGGUGUUUAUCCCAGUGUUCAUGGUAACACGACAAACUCAAGCUGUCGUCAUCGGAUCCUAUGGAGACGUAGGACCUGUUUCGGAGCCUGAUGAUGGAGAUUCAACACGACGCACCUCAUGGACAGUCCAAGAAAUACUGAAUUACGUGCUUGUAUCUCCGACAACGUCAGCUCCACAGCCAAGUGUUGGCAAUUUACCACGUCGUUCCUUUCAAUCUAUGAUUCCAGCAUUUUCGUUGCAGCCACCACCGCCUCUUAUGGCUCGAUUCUUCUACCGCACAGAUACUGCAGCAUCCAGAGCUCGGGGUGCGUUUGCCAAUGGAGCAACCGCCGUGCUGUUUGUGGCAAAUGAAAUCCCGUCGGAACCUUCACAGGAACCACUUCGGCGAUCUCUGUCGAUGGCUUUACCAACGCACACCACAAAGAAACACCAACUUGUCGGACUCAUUCCACAUGAACAUGGACAACGAUUGCGAUCUGCGUCUCGCUUAGCUACCAUCGAGACGCCAGCACAGACACCGCCAGUACGCCGCUGGUCGUUGUUUGGAGCUUCGUCGACGUCCAGUGCUACAACGAACUGUGAUUUGGUCGCUGACAUGCAGUUUGAAUUGCGUCCAGGUGGUACAACUUAUGCUUGGGGUGAAGCCGAGAAUGGACGAUUGGGUUUGGGAGAAGUGGUUGCUGCGAAUACGGGAGAUGACUCGACGGAUAUCCCCGAUGUUGAGUCUUUACUAUUUCAGGAUGGAUACGAGGCUCUCACAGACGCCACGUACAGCUUUGUGGCGCAACCAACACGGAUUCCUACCCUUGCAGGUGUGGAGAUGAAUCAAGUAUUGUGUGGGAGCGCGCAUUCACUGGCUGUGACCACGAACAGCAAGGUGUUCUCCUGGGGACGAGGUGCACGAGGACAGCUUGGCCAUGCUAUUACCUCCUCACGCUCAGCAAGCACUGCGGCUUCUCCUACGGAUGAGUGGACGCCACGAAUGGUUCGUGGGCUCCGUUACGAUCGAGUUGUACAGGCUGUUGCAACUGACCAAAGCUCGCUCUUUCUCUCGGAGAUCGUAGCACCAGCUGUGUUCGAGCAGCGGAGGCGUCAGCUCGUCCAGCUCCGAGCCAUCUCGAAACAAACCGUAGUCCCUGCAACUGAUGAGUAA